AUGGCUUCCUCGACGUCAUUGCGCGCCAUUACGCACCGCCUAACAACUACGCCGGUUGAUGAGCUGCCCUAUGUGGCUUCAUAUCUGGCUGCGUCGCUCAGUGACUGUAGCGAGUUUACUGCCAACCCUGAAACGAGAAAAAAGGCCAACGCGGACGGAAAUGAUGCUCUGCAGAUUAACAAAUUAAAGACUCGUUUGACGAGUCUGCUACAAGACCGCAGCUUUGGAGGUAGAUGGACCGGAAUUGUCUUGAUAAAAGCCACACUGGAGGCUGGUCGGUGGGAAAUACUCCGUGAUUGUGCACCGUGGGUUCGAGGCUUAUUGGCGAUUCUUUCGAAACAGGACCCAGUCUCUACGAAGAAACUUUCGAUCAUCACAUUGACUCGAAUUUUCCAUCUGACAUACCAGUACCCGACAUUGGUGCGAGAGAUUACAACACCAAACUUACCUGGCUUUAUUACAGCGCUGCUCAACCUCGUCAAUGGGAAAAGAGCUUCGGAUUCCGUAAAAUCUGUUAGGGAGCUACCUCUCCUGGAAACUGUUCUUUCAGCCUUCGUGGAGCUUAUAGGAAGACACCCGACAAUUUUUCGACCCUUCGUUAGCCAGCUGCAAAAGUUGAUCCUGCCGAUUAUAGCAUCUUCGACCGCUACUUGCCCUUUGUCUUCGAAAGCCUUUCAUCUAUCGCAAGAGCUCUAUGUCGCAUUACAUCAUUGUGCGCCCAAGAAUACUUCAGGCGAACAAUGGGCGAGCGCCUGCAAGAAUACUAUGACCUCCAUUCAUCAGGCCGCGGAUCAUGUCUUUCGAAGUGUGACAGAACAAUGGGAGUCCUCUGAUCCGAGCUAUAAGCAUGGAAAAAUGCCGAGGGUCAUGAGCGAUACGCCAGAAUUUACUGAAUCAGAUGCCUUGGGUCUCCCUUCAUGGCAUGGUUUACCUGCAGGAGCCGCCAGGCUGGCAGCAUUACUAAACUUGUUGUCCAAGUUCAUCUCGAUACGCACAGCGUCAGCAAUCAACAUUCCACUUGGAGCUAUAAUUGAUCUGGUAUCGCGCUUGACAUCAGUUACUGUUCCAAAAGCGAAUGAAGAUGUCGUUCAAUCUAAUUCAGAAUUCAGUCGUGAAGAAAGGAAUGGUUUAUAUAUGGAACUGCCUAUGAUUCAUACUGCAUGCAUUGAUGUCUUUCGUGCAAUUGUAAGCACAUUACAGACGGGGGUGACACCCCUUCUCCAUACUAUAUUCGAACAGACUCUUUGGGUUCUGGAGGCAGAGAACUUCAACAAUGGCCUUCGGGAAUCUUCGUACCUACUUAUGAGCGAACUUUUGCCUUUGGUAGGACGAUCAUUUGCCAAAGCCAACGUAUUCUCGAUGAGCGCUCUCAUCCAGCAAUGUUGUCGUGACCUCGUACCGGGUGAUAGCAAUCGCGCAACUCAAGAGAAACAAACUACUUCGAAAGGCAACUCCAAGAACACGCAAGUCAAUAUGAAUGUGGAUGCCCUUCUCAAUCCAACGCUCAAAGAAUCAAAUUCCAUUAAAGAAAGCAUAUCUGAGAGACAGAACUUGGCAGCGAUGACCUUGCUCCCUUUGCUUUACAAUUAUCUGCCUACUGAAUAUUUACCAUUGCCGGUCCGGACAGAAAUGGAACGGGCUGCAAUAUUGACAGCCAACCGAUCAGCUAUGGUUGCAAGUGUCAUGAAUCCAAUGCCUCCUAUCAAAGGACGUAGACCAAUUCCAAGCAUUCUGCCGUUCCUCACGAGGAGGUAUGCCGAACACUUGGAGGUUGAAUGCUUAGUUCGUCCUCGAAUGCCAGUUCUUCUUGGAAACAGCAGUGAACAUUUCGAUGCUGAAGAUUACGAAGAAAAUGAAGAUCUUGCGCAGGCUGAAGUAGUGGUUGCUCCUAGCGCUGGCAUCCAAGAUCUAUCUUCAAAUAUGGCAAACCGCAUCCAACCCAAGGACAUGUUCAUCGCUCCACCAGCAACAACACAAAACAAGAGGAUACUAACAACGGAAUCCGAGGCUGACGACCAAAUGGGAUCAAAUUCCUCCCAGAAAGAUUCAGAGCAGUCACUUCCCCAGGCCAAAAAGGCUCGUUUGGGGAACAAUGACGUUGUCCCUGCGGUGUCCGCAUCUGUGCCUGUAACACUUUCAGAGGUGUCAGCUUCACCUGCUGCUGUACCACAAGCUGCAUCAUCAACGCCAUUCAUCUCUUCGGUUAAAGAGUCUGAAGUGUCUGGCUUGAACUCUGUUGCAGUCACCCAAUCUUCAGGCGCACUGAAUUUUACUAGCUCGGGUACUGCAAACAAUGUCGAUGAUAGUGAUGAUGAGAUGCCAACAUUGAAUAUCGAGCCUGAUACCGACGAUGAUGAUGACGACGAGUGA